AUGUCAGAUCAGGACGGCGGCAGGGGCCAUCCCCCUCGAGAAAGCCAAGAGUCCGCCUAUCCACCGCCUCCUGGUGAAGAAGACGAUCGCUCAAGGCCAACCUACCACCACUUGCCUCCUCCUCCUCAAGCGACCGUGACUCUUCCGCCAAUUCAUGACGCUCAUCCGGCUUAUGGCGCGAGCCGAUACCCACCACCUCCAGAUCCUAGGUCGCGCGGAACCUACUCUGCUUCUCCCACCGGUGGCCCAAACGGCUAUCCUGCUCCGCCUGGCAGUAUGUAUAACUUGCCUCCUGUCCAGGCGCCGCCGGACCAGCGACACUACGGAGUUGAGCCACGCGACUACUACUCACGCGGCGGGUCCUUCCCGCCACAUCCUCAACCCGAGCCUUACAACUAUGGUGGCUACCGACCUCCUUCCGGGCCUCCCUACGGUGCCUACCCUCCUGAGUAUGCGCGCGGACCAGGCGGUCCGCCGCAACAGGCAGCACCACGCCAGAGGACUUCGAUAGCAUGUCGUUACUGCCGCAAACGUAAAAUUCGUUGCAGUGGUUACAGCCAGACCCCCGAUGGAAAGUGUACAAAUUGCAGAAAGACGGGCAAUGAGUGCAUUUUUCAGCCUGUUUCCUCAUCCUCGACCACUGCUUUCGUCCCAGUGUCGGCUGUACCCGGUGGUGUGCCUCCCGGGACGCCUCUAUUUGGCGCCUUUGGACAGCCGUUGCCGCAGGGAGGAGCGCAACCAGGACAGCCUGGAGGGGCGCCUCAGCCACCCGCUGGUGGCUCGCAACAGCCGUAUCCUCCGUCGGACAAUUACGCGCUACCCUCGCCCACGGGCUCUUACUACCCACCACCUCCGGAAGACCGAAGCGGUGUCCCACAGCGACGCCUGCACGAGGAGGAGCACGGGCAACGCUUGCCCCCUCCGCACGUCUACGGUGAACCUGACCCACGAAGACGCUCUCCCGCAUCCUCCGCGCCUGGUGGCACUCCGCCGCAAUACGAGUACCCGCCUCCAGACAGAACCUCUACUCCUGGCCAACUCCGAGAGAGUCCUAAUGCGCCUUCUCAAGCUGGGCAGCAAGGAGGCAGUGUGAUGGCCUUGAGCAGCUUGAUGGAGCACCCACCUCCACGGCCGCCGCCAAGCUCUGACUCGAGCCGUGAUAUCGAUCAGAACAUGCUUGGACGCCUGAACCGACGGACCUAG